AUGGAAAUUCCGACAAAGCCUGAUAAAGUAGUUGUUUCUGCAAACUUACCACUAUGGAAAAUCUACGAACGCAUAUGGAAGCUCAAUGCUGAAAGUUAUGAUUCCUUUGACAAUUUCCUUAGUCGUUUUGAAGACAUCUUGGAAGUUGGCCCGAUCGACAUUGGCGAAAAUUGGUCAAGAUUGAUAUCAGUGUUCAUGCACCAGCAACACCGAUACGCAAAGAAAAGAAUGGGACAAUCAAAGCCUCCAUCAAGUAACGAAGCUAGAUACAGUCAACAAAUACAGUUAUCAAGAUCAAAUCUACCAUCGAAAGCAAAAGCUUUUGUCAACAAGAAUGCAAGUAAUAACGUCUACUGUGGCUACUACGACUCUUGA